CGGACAUGGAACCAUGACAGCACGGGAAAGUGCUCCAUUUAGACCGCCAAAACUUCCCGGAGAAACUAAAGUACUGGAAACAUGGACUAAAGGAUCUGUCACAUGCAUUUUAAAAUGAUAUUUUAUGGCUGGACAAGCAGAAGCUCUUGCAAAGGUGCGGGUUUCUAGUCGGGACAGCGGAUAAAACUGACUUUGAAUGUUUUAACUUUAUUUAUUUAACUUUCUUGUGGAAUUUAAUGAACGUUUAUUGUCAGAAAUGUCAUUCAUGGUUCAUGCGGAGACGCGUAAAUUCACCCGCGGUCUCAGUAAACCGGGCACGGCGGCGGAGCUGCGACAGAGCGUGUCGGAGGCGGUCAGGACGUCGGUGUUUAUGGCUUUGAACUGGAGAUUCAACCGGAGAGUUGUGGAUUUAAAGGGUUUAUUUCAGAGGAAGAGGUUUACUGUAAUGAUGCAGGGCAGGACGGGAAAAGUACCCAAGAAAGAGUUGGUGAUUGAGUCUCCUCAGCAGUUUAAAUAUGCGCCUGUCCUGGAGGAAGAGCAGGAUGGCAUUCGUCCACAAGGGAAGGUGAAGCCACGUGUUGUGGAGCCUCUAGAUUAUGAAAGUGUGCUGGUUCAGAGGAAGACUCAGAUUCUCAGCGAUGGACUCCGGGACAUGCUGCAGUUUCCUCUGGAGGACUUUCAGAUAUCUACACUGCCUCGACAGAUCCGAACACUCUUCCCCACAGUACCAGCACAAGCAGUGAGAGAGACCCAGAGCCUGUUUGUGCAAGAGUGCAUAAAGACCUACAUAUCUGACUGGCAUGUUGUCAGCUACAAAUAUGAGGAUUUUUCUGGUGACUUCAGACAACUUCCCAACAAAGUAUCCAGACCUGAAAAUUUAGCAUUGCAUGUGUUUGAGGUGGAUGAAGACGUUGAUAAAGAUGAGGACACUGCUUCUCUGGGUUCACAGAAGGGAGGUAUCAUCAAACAGGGCUGGCUGCAUAAGGGCAACAUCAACAGCACCAUCAGCGUCACUAUGAGGUCAUUCAAAAGGAGGUAUUUCCACCUGACGCAGCUGGGAGAUGGGUCGUAUAAUCUCAACUUCUACAAGGAUGAGAAGAUCAACAAAGAGCCCAAAGGAACCAUCUUUCUGGACUCUUGUAUGGGUGUAGUACAGAAUUGUCGUGUGCGGCGGUUUGCAUUCGAGCUGAAGAUGCAGGACAAGAGUGGUUAUGUUCUGGCUGCAGACUCCGAAAGUGAGAUGGAUGACUGGAUCAGCACACUCAACAGAAUCCUCAACAGCAGUUUUGAGCUCGCCAUGCAGGACAAAAGGAAUGGAGAUUUGCACGAUGAUGAAGAGCAGGGGAAGAGUGAUCACUCCUCUGGCAGUAUGGACAGUUUUCAGAGUGCUAGAGACAUCGAGAGCAAGAUGAGAAACGAGACACGGCUGAAACUCUUUACACUAGACCCAGACAUACAGAAACUGGAUUUCUCUGGAAUCGAGCUAGAUGUGAAGCCAUUUGAGGAUAAGUUUGGGAAGCGGAUCUUGGUGAACUGUAAUGACUUGUCCUUCAACCUUCAGAGCUGUGUGGCGGAGAACGAAGAGGGACCCACCACUAACGUGGAGCCGUUCUUUGUCUCUCUGUCAUUGUUUGAUAUUCAGAGUGGUCGGAAGAUCUCCUCAGACUUCCAUGUGGAUAUGAACCACCCGUCUGUAAAAGCUUUGCUGCCUGCAUCAGGCACUCACAUCAGCACCAGUGCACCAGAUGGCCCACAAGGGGCGCAACCUACAACCAACAACCUGUCAGAGAAUGCCAUACAGUAUCCACGACAGGGAGUGUUCUCCGUGACCUGUCCACAUCCUGACAUCUUCUUGGUUGCACGGAUAGAGAAGGUUUUACAGGGUGGAAUAGCACAUUGUGCCGAGCCGUACAUGAAGAACUCUGACUCUGCUAAGGCUGCCCAGAAGGUUCUGAAGAAUGCUAAGAUGGCCUGUAGCAGACUGGGUCAAUACCGCAUGCCAUUCGCAUGGGCCGCUAGGCCUCUGUUUAAAGACGCUUCUGGGACUUUGGACAAGAGCGCUCGAUUCUCAGCACUCUACAGACAGGACAGUAACAAACUCUCCAACGAGGACAUGUUCAAACUGCUCGCAGACUUCAGGAAGCUAGAAAAAAUGACCAAGUUGCCUGUGCUUCUGGGUAAUUUGGAUGUUACGGUUGAUAACGUUGCACCAGAUCUGACCAACUGUGUCACGCCCUCCUAUCUUCCUCUCCGUCAGACUGAUGGUCUGGACAGAGGGAGGGUGGUGUUUGAGGUGGAGGAGUUUGUGCCGUCUAUCGCUAAAUGCUCUCAACCUUUCACAAUUUACAACAACCACCUGUAUGUUUAUCCACGACAGCUCAAAUACGACAGCCAGAAAACCUUCACCAAGGCCAGAAACAUUGCUCUAUGUGUGGAAUUCAGAGACACUGAUGAAGAGGACGCUCUCCCACUGAAGUGUAUAUAUGGGCAUCCAGGAGGGCCUCUGUUCUGCAAGAGAGCGUUCGCUGCUGUCUUACACCAUCAGCAGAACCCAGAGUUUUAUGAAGAGUUUAAGAUUGAGUUGCCAGCUCAGCUGACAGACAGACAUCAUCUGCUCUUCACUCUCUAUCACAUCAGCUGUGACAACAACAGUAAAGCCAGUACUAAGAGACGAGAACAGGUCGAGACCCAAGUGGGCUAUGCAUGGCUGCCCCUGCUGAAGGAUGGCAGAGUGAUUGUGAAUGAACAGCAGAUUGCAGUGGCUGCAAACCUUCCGGCAGGUUACCUGAGUUACCAGGACAACAGCAGCAAGCACACAGUUCAAGAGGUAAAGUGGGUGGAUGGAGGGAGGUCGCUGCUCAAAAUCUCCACACAACUGGUAUCCACUGUCUACACUCAGGAUCAACAUCUGCACAACUUCUUUCAUCACUGUCAGAUUAUUGAACCCACUGGCCAAUCAGGAAGAGAGCUGAUCAAAUACCUGAAGAGUCUGCAUGCCAUGGAGGCUCAUGUGAUGGUUAAGUUCCUUCCCACAAUUCUGAACCAGCUGUUUCGUGUGCUCACCACCUCCGGUCAGGAUGAUGUUGCCGUCAACGUCACCAGGGUGAUGAUCCAUAUCGUUGCUCAGUGUCAUGAAGAGGGUUUGGAGCAUUACUUGCGUUCCUAUGUAAAGUAUGUAUUAAAGGCUGAGACAAACUUAACCAGUGGUAAAACCGUCCAUGAGGAGCUGGCCAAAGCCAUGACCAACAUCCUGAAACCCUCCACUGACUUCCUCACCAGCAACAAAUUACUGAAGUACUCCUGGUAUUUCUUUGAGGUUUUAGUCAAGUCUAUGGCUCAGUACCUAAUUGAGAAUGGCAAGGCCAAGGUGUCCAGGAGCCAGCGUUUCUCCACUUCAUUCUACCACUCGGUGGAGACCUUAGUGACCAUGCUGAUGCCACAUAUCACACAGAAAUACAAAGACAACCUGGAUGCAGCACGAAAUGCCAAUCACAGCCUUGCUAUGUUUACCAAGCGCUGUUUUACCUUUAUGGACAGAGGGUUUGUCUUCAAACAGAUCAACAACUACAUCAACUGCUUUAUGCCUGGAGACUCCAAAACCCUGUAUGACUUCAAGUUUGAGUUUCUUAAGGAGGUUUGUAAUCAUGAGCACUACAUUCCUCUCAAUCUGCCCAUGCCGUUCGGUAAGGGCCGUAUCCAGCGCUUUCAAGAUCUUCAGUUGGACUACUCCCUCACUGAUGACUUCUGUAAGAAUCACUUCCUGGUGGGACUGUUGCUGAGGGAAGUGGGUGGAGCUCUGCAGGAGUUUCGAGACAUCCGUCAGAUUGCUGUACAGGUGCUGAAGAACCUGAUGAUCAAGCAUGCCUUUGAUGAUCGCUACGCCUCCAAGGGUCAACAGGCUCGCUUGGCUACACUGUACUUGCCUCUGUUCAGUCUUUUGCUAGAAAACGUCCACAGACUCGACAUUAAAGAUGUGUCACCUGUUACCAACCAGCUUAACAGUAAUGGCCGUGAUGAUCCUGUUAUGAUGACACCUACAAAAAAUAUGUGCAGUGUUGUGGACAGCAGUCUGCAUAAAGAAUUGUUUGGAGUGAUUUCAGGAACAGUCUCUCCUCACAUUGCUAACAUGAGCUCUGUACGACACAAUGACUCGCGAGGCUCCCUAAUCAGCACAGACUCUGGAAACGGCCUAUUAGAGCGCAGCAGUGACAAGCCACACCCCCUAGACAAGUGUCAUGUGUCUGGUGUUCUGGGCAGCUCUUUGCUCCGCUGUGACAAACUGGAUCAGACUGAAGUCAAGAAUAUGUUAAUGUGCUUUCUGCAUGUGCUCAAGAGCAUGUCUGAAGAUGCUCUGUUCAACUACUGGAAUAAAGCUUCCCCAGCAGACCUUAUGAACUACUUCAGUCUUCUGGAAGUAUGUCUUCGUCAGUUCAGAUACAUGGGAAAGAGACACAUAGCCAGGAGUCUGGAGGGGCCAGGGCCUGGGCCUGGGCCGGUGGCUCACGAUCGGCGCUCUCAAACUCUUCCUGUGUCUCGUAGCAGGACGGGACCGAUGCAUGUACGACUGCAGCAGCUCAACAGUCUGGAUAACUCCUUCACUUACAACCACACCUACAGUCAUUCAGAUGCUGAUGUGUUGAAUCAGUCUCUGCUGGAAGGAAACAUGGCCACAGAAGUGUGUCUGACUGUUCUGGACACACUGAGCAUCUUCAUCAUGGGUUUUAAGACUCAGCUGAGUUUGGAUCAUGGUCACAAUCCCCUCAUGAAGAAAGUCUUCAUGGUUCAUCUGUGCUUCUUACAAAUCAACCAGUCAGAGACAGCCCUCAAACAGGUCUUCACUUCCCUUCGCACUUUCAUCUACAAGUUUCCAUGUACGUUUUUUGAGGGCCGUGCAGACAUGUGCGCAUCAUUCUGUUACGAGAUCCUGAAGUGCUGUAACUCCAAACUGAGCUCUAUACGCAGUGAUGCGGCCCAUCUGCUCUACUUCCUCAUGAAAAGCAACUUUGACUACACAGGCCGCAAAUCCUUUGUCCGCACACACCUACAGGUGGUGAUUGGUGUAAGUCAACUGAUCGCUGACGUCAUCGGAAUAGGAGGGACGAGGUUUCAGCAGUCCCUGUCAAUCAUCAACAACUGUGCCAACAGUGACAAAACUAUCAAAAACACUGCAUUCCCAUCGGAUGUGAAAGACCUGACAAAGAAAAUCAGAACGGUUCUGAUGGCCACCGCUCAGAUGAAGGAGCACGAAAGAGACCCUGAGAUGCUGGUAGACCUGCAGUACAGUCUGGCAAAGUCUUACGCCAGCACACCUGAACUCCGCAAGACAUGGCUGGACAGCAUGGCCCGCAUCCAUGUGAAGAACAGAGAUCUCUCUGAGGCAGCCAUGUGUUAUGUGCAUGUAGCAGCACUGGUGGCUGAAUAUCUGCGAAGGAAAGGUAUGUUCAAACAGGGCUGCUCGGCGUUCAGAGUGGUAACGCCAAACAUCGACGAAGAAGCAUCUAUGAUGGAAGACGUGGGGAUGCAGGAUGUUCACUUUAAUGAGGAUGUUUUAAUGGAGCUUUUGGAAGAGUGUGCUGAUGGAUUAUGGAAAGCAGAGCGUUAUGAACUAAUUUCUGACAUCUACAAACUCAUCAUUCCCAUUUAUGAGAAACGCAGAGACUUUGAGAAACUGGCUCAUCUCUAUGACACGCUUCACCGUGCUUACAGUAAAGUCACAGAGGUCAUGCACACGGGCAAACGUUUGCUGGGAACAUACUUCAGAGUGGCGUUCUUUGGUCAGGGCUUCUUUGAAGAUGAAGAUGGUAAAGAAUACAUUUAUAAGGAGCCCAAAUUCACCCCACUCUCUGAGAUCUCACAAAGACUCCUUAAACUCUAUUCAGAAAAGUUUGGAGCUGAGAAUGUCAAAAUGAUCCAGGAUUCUGGCAAGAUUAAUCCAAAGGAUCUGGACUCUAAAUAUGCUUAUAUCCAAGUGACUCAUGUCACUCCAUUCCUGGAGGAGAAGGAACUAUUGGAGAGAAAAACAGACUUUGAGAGGAGCCACAACAUUCGCAGAUUCGUCUUUGAGAUGCCCUUCACGGUUUCAGGCAAAAAACAAGGCGGCGUGGAGGAACAGUGCAAACGCAGGACUAUACUAACCACCACGCACUGUUUCCCGUAUGUAAAGAAGCGUAUUGCUGUGAUGUAUCAGCAUCAUGUGGAUCUGAACCCCAUAGAGGUAGCCAUUGAUGAGAUGAGUAAAAAGGUGCUGGAGAUCAGACAGCUGUGUUCCUGCAGUGAUGUGGACAUGAUCCAACUACAGCUCAAACUACAGGGCAGCAUCAGUGUCCAGGUUAAUGCUGGUCCUCUUGCCUAUGCCAGGGCUUUCCUGGAUGAUGCCAGCACUAAGAAAUACCCAGACAACAAAGUCAAACAACUCAAAGAAGUCUUCUGGCAGUUUGUGGAUGCGUGUGGCCAGGGUUUAGGCAUUAAUGAGCGUCUGAUUAAAGAAGACCAGCAGGAGUAUCAUGAUGAGAUGAAGGCCAGCUACAGGGAUCUCACCAAAGAGCUUGCUGCUAUUAUGCACGAGCCUAUAAGUGCAGUGGAUGAUGGCAUGCGGAGUCCUAUUCCAGAUUCUCUUCACAUCUUUAAUGCCAUCAGUGGAACGCCCACAUCAGCUACAAUCCAGGGCCUGCCCAACUCCUCCUCAGUGGUGUGAACCUGACCCAUGUAUUGACCUUGUGAAUUUUCCUUUUAUUAUUAUCUCCACCCCAACACACAGAUGUAUAUAUAAGAUCUCACCCGCCCUACACCUCUCCCAAAAAUGUACGCAGAUGUUAUUGCACUUUACAAAGCCAUGCUGGGUUACCCUCAUGAACAUCUGCAUGACAUCAAGUGUGGCAGAGGGGGGAGAUCUAUUUGUUUCUGCCUCAUCCAGGGGAUUUCACCUACUGUUUCCUGUGGAGACUUUAUAAAUCAAACAUUUUUAUAUAUUUUGUUUUUAAACUUUUGGCCAUUUGGCCACUUUUAAUAAUACCCAUUACAGUAAGAGGACAGGAAAUAAGUGGGAACUGGAUUGGGACAUUAAAUGAAACUGGUUUUCCUCACAUGAGCACCACAGUUAAACAUGUCCGAGCACAUACACUAACUGCUAAGCCACAGCUCAGAGGCAUUUGACAUACACUAUAUGGUCAAAGGAAUGUGGACAAGGGCUGGGCGAUACAGCAUUUGGGAUAUUCACAAUACAAUCACAAUGAUUUUCUGAUGAUAAAAAACAAGAAAUAUUGCGAAUAACGCAAUACUUUUAAUUAGCUUUUUAUUUGGCCACUGCAUUUCCUAAAGAGCACGCCGUUAGACUAAUUUCACAAGACUGCACAAUAAAUCAAAAUAACAUUAGGAUCCCGAUAUGUUGAUAUUAAACCACAAAAGUUAAUAAUAUAAAUUUUGAAUUAUUAAGUGAAUAUUGUUAGAUAACAAAAUAUAAAAUAUAUAAUAGUUCAGUAUUAUAUUGCAAUGACAAACUUGCCUGGUACACACAAUAUACAUGCAGUAUUAUUUAAUAUUCAACUAGAUUCCAAAAAAUAGGUGUUGGUUUUGACGCAUUCUGCUCAUUUAUUCAUUUAUUAGGCUACUAAGUAUUAUUGUAUAUGUGUGCAUAUAAAUGAAAACAAUUAAAUCUCAAUCUUCUUUGUGUUCAUUUAGUUAAAAACAGUGGAAAACCUGCCUUCAUUAUUUUUAACAAGGUUUUUACUUCAUACAUUAAACAUUUUGAUUCUGCUUGGCUAAAAUGGCUGUUUAAUUAAAUGAUCCACUGGUUCAAAACAUUUAAAUGAAUGGUUCACCCAGAAAUGAAAAUUCUCUCAUUAUUCACUGACCCUGAUGUCAUCCCAGAUGUGUUUUACUGUCUUUCUUCAGCAGAACGCAAAUUAAGAUGUUUAGAUCAAGAUGGAGCUCUGUCAGGUCCUUAUAAUGCAAGUAAAUGGGUGCCAGCAUAAAAGUAAUCCAUGCGAAUCUAGUUGAUCAAUGAAUGUCUUCAGAAGCGAAUCAAUUCGUUUGAGUAAAAAAAGAAGUCAAUAAUUAUCAAGUUUAUAUCUUUAAAUCAGCGCUUCCAUCCAGUGCUCUGAUGCAGUUUGAAAUGGCCGAACUCUUGAGUGACAGUCGUUCUUCUGCUGUAAAUAAGCACUGCUUCCGAAUUCUUGUUUGAACUCGCCGAUGCGCCUACAUCAUGCUUUGCAUCAGCUGCUAGCAAGAAGUGCUUUUUAAAAUAAUGUUUUAAUUGGCAAUUAUUAUUUUACAUAAAAUAUCGAUUUGCUUCAGAAGACAUUCAUUGAUCGAUUGGAUUACUUUUAUACUGCAUAAAUGUGACUUUUGGACAGUAACAAAAUAUCGAUGUAUCAUUUUUGUAGCCAUAUCGCCCAGCCCUAAUAUGGACACCCUCAUUUAGUUCAGUCAUUUCAGCUACAACCAUUACUAACAUCAAUCAUAAAAUCAAACAUACAAUCAUGCACUCUCCUCAAUGAAUGAGAGCAAAUCUCCACAUCCAUUUUCCAACAUCUAGUGAAAACUGAAUCAGAAGAGUGGAAUCUGGUAUAGCAGCAAACCGAGGACCAUCUCCCUAUCAAUGCCUAUGGUUUUGAAAUGAAAUGUUCAAAUAUGGGUGUCCACAUACUUUUGGCUGUGUAUUUUAUAAAAAUCUUCAUCCAGUUCUAAUAAUUUUGUAUGUUUUCACUUUGUAAUGCUUCUUCUGGCUCAGACUUUUUAUUUGUUUUUAAUUACAGAUAGACUUUAUGCCUUUAGCCUGCACUAGCUCGUUGUCUGAGAGACAAGCAAUGUCGCCCAUCAGCAUCUGGCUGAUUUUAAGCCAUUAUAUGUGAGCUGUUAAUGUAUUUGUGUGUAAUUUGCAAACUGCAAUAGUAGAACGUUGAGUGGGCAUAACAGUUGCGAUGUCAACUCGCUCACUACACGUGAUACACUGGAGGAGGUGCGGGGCUUGCUCUAAUGUUCUCAGUCAAAUGUAAAACGAAUAUUCAGAGUGGAUCAAAUAUUUUUAUACUGUUGGACACAGUUGAAUGUGAUGGGGGUUUGUUUUAUCUGUAUUUAACAAUCUCUGCUCUGCUGUAUUUAAAAAAAAGAAUUUUUCCUCAUGCUUAAUUUUUUAAUAAAUCUCACAACUUU